UCCUUUCCUUUCCUUUCCCCUGCGCAAACCGUACAGUAUAAAAUUUGCCCCCUGCAUCUCGGCGAAUCUGACUGAGGCUUGGUCAGUCAGACAGACAGAGAGAGCCCCAUGGACGCGGAGACCAAGGCCAAGGACGCAUGGCGCCUUCCGCUGGUGCUCUUCCUCGGCCAGCUCGUCGCCUUCUCCAUGGCGUCCGCCAGCUUCGCCUCCUCCUUCCUCGCCAAUCUCGGGGUCAACGCACCGCUCACGCAAUCCUUCUUCGCCUACCUCCUGCUGACCCUGAUUUAUGUGCCGAUCCUCUUGCAUCGACGGCAGAAGCCACGGAUACCCUGGUACUGGUACUUGGCGCUGGCCUUCGUCGACGUCCAGGGGAACUAUCUGGUUGUCAAGGCGUACCAGUACUCGUCCAUCACCAGCGUAACGCUGCUGGAUUGCUGGACCGUCGUAUGGGUCAUCAUACUCACCUGGUACGCGCUAGGCACCAGAUAUUCUUUCUGGCAAUUUCUGGGGGCAGGGACCUGCGUGGCAGGGCUGGGCCUUGUGCUCCUUUCAGAUGCAAAAUCUCCAGAUGAGCAAGAUCCAGGUAGAAUACCACUUCUAGGGGAUGCCCUUGUUAUUGCCGGGACAGUCUGUUUUGCAUUUAGCAAUGUUGCAGAGGAAUACUGUGUCAAGAAGAACGACCGGGUAGAACUUAUCGGGAUGCUUGGACUAUUUGGCCUGCUUGUCAGUGCAAUUCAGAUAUUCAUAUUUGAAAGGAAAAGCCUAGAAGCAGUUGCCUGGUCUCCAACAAUGGUAGCAAAGUAUAGUUGUCCAAUGUGGUUCAACUCAUUUAUCUGCAAUACACAUUAUUCAAUUGUCUCGACAGGAAAUUCACUGCAGCUUUAUAUAUUUUUUACAUUUCAGAUAAGUUUGUUCGCAGGAUAUGCCGUUGCAUUAUUAAUGUUCUACACCAUUACUCCUUUUGUCCUUAAGAUGAGUGGAUCAACGUUGUUUAACCUCUCACUCUUAACAUCUGACAUGUGGGCAGUCGCCAUUCGACUAUUGAUCUAUCGACAACAGAUAAACUGGCUGUACUACGUAGCAUUCGCGGUUGUGGCCAUUGGACUAAUAGUCUACUCACUGAAUGAGAGCUCUUCGGCUGAUGGAAGAGCUACAGGUACAGAAGCGGCAGCUCAGUAUCAACAACUUCCAAGUGAUGAUAACUCAACAAGUAGUUCUAAUUUGGACAGCAAGGAAAAGAAGCAACUGGAAGAAGCAUAUAUCUGUUAGGGGGUCAACGUACAAAGUCAGCUCCAUGGUUUCGGAUAUGGUCAUAAUCAAAUACGGCAGUGGAAAAUGUGCAGAGAUAAAAUCAUGUGUAGUUCAUGUAUAUGAUGAACAACUAUUUUUCAAGGGAAAGAAUAUGUUGUGUUAGGAUGGUUAUCAGAAUAUUUUUGUAACAUGUAGUAGUACAGUAAAUACUUGGUAACAAAGGAAUGAAAAGGAAAAUCAUCAUC